AUGGGGCGAGAGAGGAAGGUGUCGGACGUUCAAUUAGCGGAGGAUGAGCUCAAGCAGCACCCGGAUACCAAACCAAAACGAUAUCCAAUACCGAGCAACGACCCGAACGAUCCUUUGAACUGGUCGACAGCGGCCAAGAUCAGUACAUAUGCUACCAUUUGCCUUUUCUCAUUCAUCGCCAAUGUCAACGGGUCGAACUUCACCGUCGCGAUCAUUCCGCUUGAGAAGCACUUUCACAUAACUUCGACUCGCGCGACAUGGCUGGUAGGCUUCAAUGUGUUGAUGUUUGGGCUGGGCAACCUACUCUGGGUUCCGCUGUCUCGCAUCGUUGGCAAGCGCCCAGUGUACUUGCUUGCACUGGCAGUCUUCAUCGCAGCGAACGCAUGGAGUACAAAAGCAACGACAUAUGGCAGUCUGCUCGGUGGGCGCAUGGUAGCAGGAUUUGGCGCAUCAGCAGCCGAUGCAACAGUACCAAGUGCUGUCGCGGAGAUGUUCUUUGUGGAUCAGAGAGGGCACUGCAUGAUGUUCUUCCACUUUGCACUCGCAACUGGUAUCUUCUUGGGACCUCUCAUAAACGCAUAUGUGGUCCAGCUGCAUUCAUGGCGAUGGUCAUGCGGCUGGCUCGCAGUAGCUGGAGCAGUCGUCUUUGUGCUGGCGUUUCUCUUCAUCCGCGAACCACAGUAUCACCACGAACGCCGCCUGUGGCCAGACGAUCAGAUACCAGCGGAACGAGGUUACAUAUCUUGGCUGAGCUUGACCCUUGGCUACAACAAUGACAAGCCAGUCCAGCGCUUCCUACGAACUUUCAAAGAUAUCCUGCUCAUGGCAUUCUACCCACCAAUCUUCUGGGUAGGAUGUCUCGCAGGCUUGUUCGUCGGCUGGACGAUUGUAAUACAGGUCACUGCGUCGCAAAGCUUCGUCAAACCACCGUACAGAUGGCAGUUGGGCGAGGUCGGAAAUUUUUCCAUCUCUGGCUGGAUCGGGACAGUUUUGUCGUUCUAUUUCGGCGGCAAGCUCAUUGAUCUGAUAGCAAACAAAGCGAGGAGACAUGAUCACACUAUCAUGCCGAAACCAGAGAAGAGACUCAUUGCGCUUCUUUUGCCCUUCGUCAUAUCUCCGGUUGGACUGAUCAUCUAUGGCGAGUGUAUGGCGCAUAGGACGAAAUGGGUCGGACCGGCAUUUGGAUAUGCCAUGCACUCCUUUGGCUUCGUAGCUGUAAGCAAUAUCGCUGUGACCUUCGCCGUGGACUGCUAUCAGGCAUAUGCUGGGGAAGCACUAGUCAUUGUGUUCGUGAUCCGGAAUAUUAUUGCGCUGGUCUGUAGCUUUUACAGCAACCAAUGGAUACAGGAAGACGGACUCAUGCGUGUAUUCGGUACCAUGGCCGGGUUGCAAUGGGCACUGCUACUGUUCGCCAUACCCAUAUACUUCUUCUGCAAGCCGGUGCUCGUCCUGACCAGUACGUACGGUCCGAUGAAGCGAGUACAGAAAGAAUGA